AUGUCAUCCUCGUGGCGUGAAGAUGAUGAGGACUACCGUAUUGGAGGAGGAGCCAGAGGAGUGGGGCUGAAGUCCAAACCCAGGUUUUCCUUCCAUGAGAUCAAAGUUCUUCUGGAGGCUGUGAAGAGAAACAGAUACAUCCUCCUCAGUGAGUCGAGGGCUCAGUGCGCUCUGAUCGUCUGUAGUUUGACUGUACAAAUGAAAAGUUAUGAAGCUUUUAUCAGAUUUUGGGGCGUCUAAGAGACGGCUCUUGUUGAUGUUGUUCCCCUUAACACCAGAGCCAGAUUUAUCAAGGACUUCAGAGACACUUAUUUGUUGUCAUACUAGUUUUUCCCCCCCCCCUUUGUGUUCUUAUAUCCCAACAGGCUGAGGUUUUCAAAUGUUUGGUUGUUGCACUGUUAUUCAAAAUGGAUCACAGUGGGUUUGUCAGUCACCUGGCUCUGCUCUGAAUAUAAAUUUGGUGUAAAUGUUUGUAAGGCUGUUAGGGAACAAACAAUUCUGUCUCGCAUUGGAUUUAUUAUUCACCCCAGAGUCAUUUUAGGAGUGAAAGUUUAAGAAAGCCAUGAUUCUACCAAACCUGACUGAAUUUAUUAUGAUUCUUUCUUUGGCCUCCUACUCAAGUAUUUGGGAUAGUGUGAGCAUAUUUUCCUGCCCCUUUUCUCUGAUAACAAUCACAGAACCAGGGCUUGAAUUUUGACCUUAUCUCUCUCUCUCUGUAGGGAAGUUUAACCAAGGUGUGUCAGCUGAAACCAAGAAACAGACAUGGACUGAAAUCACCCAUCAGAUCAACGCUCUGGGAGAGAAUCACAGAGAGGUUUGUAACUGUUAGAGAUAUAGAUGUUUGAGAGAAUGGUGUCGGGGACCUAUGAGAACUUUAAAUAAAGAAUUGUAUUUUUUAGUGACUGACUUGUUGAGAGUUUUAUUGCAGAACAGCUUCAUGGAACAUUAGGAAAUCCUCUAACGCCUGGUUCACACAGGAAGCUGCGCGUGCGCUCAGCAUCAGCGCGCACGCGCUUGGCUAUUCACACAUAAAGCGUUUUCUGAUGUGCCGGUCAGACAUCGACUGCUCGGCUGUUUCCGUCUGUCCUCAGUUUCCCACGCUUACGAGCGCUUUAAACAUGGGUAAAUCAAUAUUUAUUUAUGUUUUUAUUACGUCAGACAUAAUUUAAAUAUUGGCAGCAUCUUCAAGUAUUUUUUUAAAUUAUUAUAUUGGGGUAAACAAUGAAUGAAUUGGGGAGUCUGUUGACUCCAUUGUAUGUGUGGCCUUGUUAGCUCGAGGCUGUUGACUCUAUCGUAAUAAAGUCCCGCUCCUUUGUCAUCACUGAAUAACAUCACUGAUUCUCUGCCGCUCUCCCUCCGUGUGUGUGUGUGCAUGUGGGUGCAUGCAUGUUCAUCAGGAAAAAAUAGACCAACAAGCAACACCGUAAAUCCUUUUUUUCUAAUAUAUUGAAAUUUAUUUUAUUUUGAAAAUUGACCGGAUUCUCUCGCGUCUCCUGUUCCUGACUUCCUGUCUGGUCCGAUCUGCUCUGUCCAGCUUUACAAUUGGCGCGUGCGAGCCGUUCCGUGCGCGGCGCUGACCCCGCGCUCUGUAUGAACAGUCACAAAGGUUAACACGGGCGCUGAUCCGUAACUUGGUGCGGGGCACUUCUGCUUCCGUGCGCGGCACUUCCUGUGUGAACCAGGCGUAAGACCUCAAAGAAUUCAUUUCAGUUUUUUCGUGAUUUUAUUUUUGCCUGAGUCCUAAAAAGUUCUGAAAAAGUGUCAAACUUUAUUAAAAAAUGUUGAAUUUUGUUCAUCCCUUUUAACAGUCUCACUUCAGCUCUGACUCAUCUAAAACUAAAACCACUUAUUCUGUUACGGUCACUCCAAAUAGUCCUUUAUAUGAUGAGGAAGAACAUCGUAACCUGAGACGGACCUGCCUAUCCGAACCCUGAAGAACAUUAAAGGGUCUCUGAUUUGCUUAGUGAUCCAAGUAGCUCUUAAACUUGCUGCUCUCUCUUUUAACCCUCCAGAUGUUUCAGCACUAACUUCAGAUCAGUUCUCAGUUGCAUGAGUUAUUUUUUUUAUGAAAACCGACAACAUAUGAAUGAAGGUUUUCACUUCCUCACAGGUUCGUCAGAUCAUGAAGAAAUGGGCGGAUCUCAAAUGUGACGGGAAGCGGCGCCUCAUUGCCCUCCGAGGGGUGAACGGCCACCCAGCCAAGAAAAAGAACAUGGGCCCUGUGGAGAGGAUGGUCCAUAAGAUCCUGAUGAUGAGUCCCAAAGGAAGUAAGGCGUCUUUAGUUUACCGAUUAUAGUUUAGAGGUGACGGCUAACUCAUGGCAGACCUUUGAAAUCAAAGUAUUGUACGGGCUAAGAGACAAAUGGAAGCUCUUUGAAUUGUUUCCUUGUUUUAACCCUUUUUGUUCCUCUCUUUGUUCUCAGACGGCGAGAGUGAUCUCGACCUUUGUGCGGACGAGGACUUUGCAAAGAUCUACAGCGACGCCCCACCCUCUAACCCUUCACCUUACUCCUACCUCAGCAUGACAGACAGCUCUGUACCCGACAGGUUCUCCUUCGACAUGUCUCCACUCUCCUCACCAGAGAACGAUGCUAGUGGUGAGUGCAUGGCAUGAUCACUUUUUCGAAAUGGUUCAGAUUAAAAUUCUCUUCAAACUCGUGUCAGCAGUUUUGUUGCAUACUCAGGUUGUUGAUGAGCUUCACAGGCUCACUGUGGAAAGGAGACAGAGACUAACUUUCUUGUAAGAUAACUUGAGUUGCAAAGAAAAGCUGAGAAAAACACAAGACAGAAGGUUUCGGUAUGAAAAUAAGCAGAAAAAACAAGACCAAAGGAAAACAUGAAAAACCAUCUGGGGCUCAGAUAAAAAUGAGGAUCAGUGGAAUAAAAGGAUGUUACUGGUGCACAACAUCAAAAAAUAUCCCUAUGUUUUUGGUUAACAUGCUCCUUUGACCUUUAUGGAAAACAGCCUCUUUAUGUUUCAAUCGUUUUAUUUCCUGUAAAUAAAAUCAGGCGUAAUAACACACUGACUCUGAUUUCCCAAUUGACAAACUUUGUAGCCCAGGUAACCGUUUUAAAAAAGGAUUGAAGAGUAUAAGAGCCGACAGUGGAGCAGUCAAAGACAGGAUUUGUGCAUGCUCUGUUUUCAUCUGGGGCCUAUUCUACGAAGCAGGAUUACAGCUUAGCGAGGUAACUUCGAGGGUAAGUUCGGGGUUUCCUGUUCUACGACGCGGGUUCACUUCUUAGCGAGGCGAGUCUCCAUGGCAACGUAUGCCGAACGGCUAACCUGCUCCGGGGCAGGUUAGGUUUCAGAUUGAACUCACCGAGUAUAAAAACCCCUCCGAAAAAUGGCUUGUCUGUUCUUGGAGGAUCCUAUAGACCUCGGUGCUCGCAUUGUCCGAGGAGCACUUCAGCGUGUGAGAGUUUUCAGAGACCGCACGGACCCACUUACUUUUCCGGAUGACCACCUUUAUGAAAGGCUCAUAUGGCCGACAUAUCACACAAAAAAUGUAAACACGAUAGGAAUGAACAAAUGAAUGAAUUCAUAUUGGAAAUGAAUUAGACAUGUCUGGUGUAUGUUAAAUCACAUGUUGAACAGUGCUAUUUCAGGGUGAUAAUGGCAUCAAAGAUUUUUUGCGCACUAUUCUUCCGCAUUGAGACUGUUGGCAAUUUUCUGCCAGCAUUCCUUCCGUGCUUUUGCAGCGUUGACGGUGUUGCUUUUGAGGUUUAUGAUAGAUUUGAAUUCUUCAUACUUUCUCAUGAUCAUCUCCUGCUCCUCGUUUGUAAAGUACGCGGUCCUUCGCUCUCCGGCCUGCUCUGACGCUCCAGACUGGUCCAUGUUUGCGAUUGGUCAGACGCGGCGGGCUCCGCCUUACAAGCGUGCACGUGCUCAUAGCAAAGCUGGAUCCACUUACGAGGUUGAUAACCAGCGUCGUUAGACCGUUUAGCGAGACCGCUAGCUACUGCGCUAAAUUGAGGUAGCUCCAAGGCUACCUCGCUCGGUUUAACUUGCUUCCUGGAAUAGGCCCCUGGUCAGUAAGCGGAGGUGGAUGUUUUCAUCUUCAUCUUUCACUGAGCUGACUAUGUGGCUUUUUCGCAGGUGAUCCUUUCCAUUCCUCCUCUGAGUUUGACUUGGACCUGGGUGAGGAUGGAGGUGAGGUUUCAUUUGCAAAGAGUCAUUUUCUUAGACUUUAAGAUGAAGAGCAGAAUCUCAAACUUUCAUCUGAAUUCAUUUGGAAAGGAUAUCAGAGACAAAGGAAGAGCCUUGAUGCAAAGAUAGCAGUUUGUGUUUGCAAAUAAAGUUUUCCUCAAUAUAGAAGAUUGACCCGACCAGUUGUGGAGAGUGAAAGAUUUUUGAAUAAAGGGAGAGGGGAUUUAUGAUUAGCAACAAAAAAAAAAAAAAGAUUUUGGCAGGGAAGUUCAAAACUGUUUUGCAGUUUCUGUGUUGCCUUCUUUAAAACUAGUUUUUUUUCUUCAGCUUUUCUCGUUAAAAAUGAUAAAAACGUGCCCAAAUGCUUGUUUACACGACUCAAACCAUCUGCUUGGCAGACUUAAGUAGAAACAGUGAUGUGAUUGUCAUCCUGGAUCCCAAUUAACCCUUCAAAAAAGUCAAACCAACCAAUCAUGGCAACUGUGGAACAGAAAUGAAAGCAUAAUGAGAAAUAACAUGAUCGAGAAAGCAGGGCGACCUUGAAUAAAGAGAAGUAACUGCUGCUUUCAUCAUCAAACCCUUGGCUGAUAUUUUCAAACUCAUUUAGAACGACACCAUCCUGCUUUCCCAGCUGGCACAGAUAUGCCCAUAAAAUCACACAUCUCUACUUUGAUCAGGAAAAGCUUGGAAGGUUUUUUGUGCUGCUGAGUGUAAAGUCAACUCAUGAUCUGUUUUUCUGUAUCCCACCAGAGCAAUCCAUGGACUAUGACGACAACGAAGACUCCAUGUUCUCCUACCCUUCCUCGCUCCCUCCACCCUCCUCCGCCCUGCAGGAUCAGGAGCUGCAGUCCGAAAACGGCCAGCUGAGGAUCAAACCAGUCCACACGUACUCCCGAACCAUCAGCCAGACCAAUAACAACGACAACAACACAAACCAUGUCCAGAACAACACCUCCUCCAAACCUCCGCCUGAACCCUCCUCUGUGGCCUCCACCUCUUCAGCUCCCCCUCCAGUAUCUGAUUCAGGUGCUUCUUCAUCCUCUGUUCCUCCUUCUAAGCCCACAACAAGCUCAGACACCACUGCCUCCUCUUCCUCAUUUGUACCUCCUCUCCCUCCUCCCUCCACUGCACCAGCCAACGAUGCUGCCUCUCAGCCUGCACCCUCCUCUUCCUCUGUCCCUCCACCUCCUCCUGCUUCCUCCACCCCUGCAUCCACUUCUUCCUCUGCAGCCUCUACUUCAGCUUCUGCCCCCUCUUCCUCCAACUCUCAGCGACCUUCUCCAUCUUCCUCCUCCUCUUCCUCUGCCCCCUCUUCUAAUAAGAACCCCACCCAGAGCUCCAUUGACCCUCUCCCUGCUGGAGCAUCCUCCCGCCGGGUCCAAGACCAUGUGGCUCAGAUGGCGGUUCAGAGCCUGGAGCAGCAGCGAGCCAGCAGGAUGCUCCUGACGUCAGUGUCUCAGUCUCUGGAGGCGCUGGCUCAGUCGGUGCAGCUGCUGGUGGAGAGUCAGCAGGAGUUUGUGCAGGAGUCUCUGCUGCUGCAGAGGGAGACGGUGGACGUCCUGAGGGAUUUCUCCAACACGGCGCUCACCAUGCUGAGAGACAAAUCCAACAGUGGUCAGACGCAGACACGACAUCACCACCCUGCCUCACACUUCUGA